GCUCGAGGAAUAUUGAUCAUUAAAUUUAAGAUCUUCACAUUUCCCAUUGUUUGGUUAAACGUGUUGCUAUUGUUCAUCCUGUUCAAGGAAGAGAGAACGAAUCGACCGCGUAUCGAAAAAGACAAAUUAUGCAGUGAAAGUAAGGUCAGUGUUGGUUGAAGCAGAGGAAACAUGGCCUUCAGUCGGUUCCAGAGCACAGCUUCUGGUUCAGAUUCAUAUUUUCCAUCAUAUAAACAUCAGUCCAGUUUAUGUGGGGACAGAGUUAGAGUCCCUCAGCACUUCACCUCUCCCCUCCCCUUUCCUGGCAUUGCUCCCCAGGAAGAGUCAUCACUGCCGUACACACCUUGGGCAGCCCGGGAAGAUCCCUACCAGCUUGGGGAAUGUGCCAAGAACAGGACUCUUAACGAUGGAAAGGAUUGUGGAAGUGAAUCCGAUCUCUAUGGACUGGUGUCAGAUAUCCUGGAGGAGCCAGACCAUAUGGAUGCGGACUUUGCAGAAGAGUCAUUAUCAAGUUUGAAGUCUGUGUGGUCUCCCAAUUCAGCGAGGGAAGACAGCCAACAGUACUUCCUGUCAGAAUCAAAAAUGCAAUCAAAUUCAUCCUUUCCAAGUUACCCUGAGCCAUUUAACCAAUGCCACAGGCAGCUCUCAAAUAAAGAGUCACAACAGAAGAUUGAGCUUCACCAAAGUUUCAACGGCUUUGAUGUCAAAAACCAGUGGCUGUUUCCUUCCAGCAAUGGCGAUACUGAUGCUUACUCCUUUCAGACCCAGGACAUGGAGAGGGUGUUGUGUCAGGAGGGAACACUGGUAGGAAACUCCUUUCUGCCAAAGAACAACCCGGAAGCAGAUUACAGUGCAGUCGGAAAGAUGGGCGGACGCUCUGAUCACAUUGAAGGGGUUGCUCCCUCUUUCGACUUACAAAACAGACUGAACGACUACUUCUUCGGUUGCAACGCUGGCCAUUUGACUCAUGGAAGGGUCAAGCCCCACAGGAGUAAGCAGUUUCCCCAGCCAGAGGGAAGCAUGCUGGCCCGAAACAUGCAGGGUCUAUUGGUGGGCGCACCCGACUCAUUCGCCAUGGAGUCCCAGAACAGGCAGGGGGGGCAGAGGGACUUUGAUGAACAGGUGCCCGAACAGCAGAGCUUCUCGUAUCCCAAGAUUCCAACUCUCGAAUCACAGGUCCAGUUUAAGAAGGACCAGGCAGGGGACUUUAGAGAGCUGAAGUCCCUCAAUAGCAGGACCAAGACACAGUCACCGACAAGCAACUACUACACCAAAGCCUUCCCAGGGUCUCAGCAUGCUGAGCACUUCCAGCCACCCAAGGGUUUUCCGCCAUCUUUCACUGUGCCAGCACCUGUCCCCAACAAACACAUGGAUAAUUAUUCCCUCCCCAACCAGCAUCCCUCUCAUCAAAGUCAGUUAGGCCAGUACCUCAAUCAAGUCAAGCAGUCUAACGGAAACAGCGGUGCGCCUGGGCUCUCCAAAAUGCUCUCGCAUUCGGUUGCAGAGUUCGUGCCCCAACAUCAGGCCGAGAGGGUUGUGUCGUGCCUCACGGAUUAUGCACAGGGAGAUGGUCCCAACAUCCCUAACAGGGCCGCUCAGAGUCAGGCUGGAUUAAACCUGGAAGGAUUCAGGAAAGGAGGAGACGGUGGUCAGUUUGAGCCAGACAAGAGCACAAUGCACUCUAACCUUAGCAGCGUGGGACAGUCCCCCCAGCGCUUUGAGGGGAAAGCUAAACCGCAGGCUCCUCCUCAGAGAGAAGGGGACAGGAAGGCAGGGUUUCAGCCUGACACUUACCUUGAUUUCCUGGGAAGAGUGUACAGUUCGCAAAGGCACACGGGUGGGAACUUUGGCAUGAACGCCUCGGGGAAGAAACAGCCAUCCGCUUUGUUCCCGUGCAUGUAUGCGGUGGGCGACCCCAGACAGAACCCCUACCAGCUGCAGCUCGGCAUCGGAGGCUUUCCCUCCCGGUCCGUCUUCCCGUACGGCAGCCCGGUCACAUUCAUGGAUCUGUGCAACCUGCUGCCCGACGGCGAGUUCCCGCCCUUCAACCCCUACUUCCAUGACAUAAGCGGCGACGGCCCAUUCCUGGGCAUGGCGGCCGGUCUGAGGUCCCCGCGGCUUGUGAAGAACCGCUGUGCCCCCACCAGCCAGCUCCACUACCAGCUGGAGGAGUGCUACGAGCAGUGGAGGGUCCUGGAGAAGGAGAGGAAAAAGGUUGAGGCCAUCCUUGCCAGGUAUUAUCCUGGGAAAAGAGUUUCAGCUGUGAGCAGCAGUGCCCUCCCAAAGGUCCCACCGAAUCCUUCUCGAGUUGACCGCCUUAUCGUGGACCAGUUGCGGGAACAAGCCAGGGUUGUGAGCCUUUUGGGGAAGAUGGAGCAACUGCGCAGUUUCCCCCUCCAUGCUAAUAUUUUCUCUGCGCUGGACAGACAUCUGGAAGCUGUUUACGUUACACAGACACGCCGCAACGAGGAGUUUGUGAACUCUUCAAACCGACAGAGACAAGGAGCACCAUAUUUUGGAGAGGACAGAGACAUCCUGCUGCUGGCCGUAGCGCUGCGGGACAUGUGCGUGUCCACCAGGAAGUGCCGGACGGCGCUGUGGUGCGCGGUGCAGAUGACGCUGCCGCAGACCGCCCCCGCCGCGCCCGAGGAGCUGGACGCGCCGAGGGGCUUCUGAAGGCCCGCGCUCCGUUCCGACGGGAACAAAUAACAGCCAAUUAAAGAACAAAGACAGAUUCAGUGCCUUUCAAACAGUAACUGUGCCUCCGACAAGACAGUGCAGUCGCAGGGGACUGAGCGCGUUUCCCGCUCACCGAAAUCCAAAUAUCAAAAGCUGAUUUCAAAAGUCAAUAUCUUGAAAUCAGAAAUUCUAUUAAAAAAUUGCUAUGUCCAUAAAUAUGAGUAUGGUUUGCUCAGAGACCUUUUGCCUGCGAGUUGAAGAUCACUGGAGGUGGUAUGCAGUCUUAUACUUAUCAGUAUCAUAAUUAGUUACAGUCCUGAGAAGAUAAUGAGUUUCAGUUAUCACAUCAAACUUGAGUAAAACACCACUAAAUGUCUUAUAGGGAAGUACUCAAUGUGUGUCUAAUUUACCUUAUUUACUAAGAUUUUGUGACAGUGUAAUUAGUGUUGCAGCUAUGGAAUCUUGAAAUGGUCCCCUUCAUGCAUUAUUUAAGUGAUCUAUUUAUAAUAAUUCAGAUGUAUUAAUCAUUUAAUGUUUUCAGUGGUUUUUACUUAUUUAUUAGAAUGUAAUUUACCAUUCCGGUUUGAGUUUACUACCAGAAAUAAAAUUAUUGCAUAUAAUAGGUAGUAUUUUUCUUAACUUGUGUUGUAACAAUCAGAUCAUUUGUACGUGUUGCAUGCUUCAGGUUUAUUUGGAAAUGUACUAUAUCUGAUGUUAUAUUUAUUUAUUCUUAAUUAGUAAAGAAAUUGUACAUGUAAGUGUAAUUUGUUGGCUUACUGAAGAAUGAAUCUUGUUGAAUUUUUAAAUAAAAUACACACUGAGCAUAUUUGGAAAUUUGCCAUAAAAAUGUUAAUCAUAUUGUUCUUUUUUGAAGUUUAAGGACGGAGGAACACAGUUAAAGAACGAAAAAAACAAUGACGAGGUUGACUUGUUUAAUCGAGCAUGAAGUGUAACUUAGAACAUCCUGUGUAACACAAAGGGGUUGGUGUUUAUACUCCCUGGACCUGUAAGGUUGCUGUCUGUUUUCUGACAUUUCCAUUCUGUUGU